CUCGUUUUAUAGCCAGUCUAAAUGAUCAACACGCUUUGAAGCAACUAUUGCCUAUACCAGCACCUCCCAAAUCAUUCAAAGAGGUUCUCUCCUCCACUAAUUACCAUGGGAAGCACCGCUGCUGACGACGUCUCCCCCGUCGAGGCCCAACCGCAGCCAUUCAAUGCCACAAAACUAGAACCGGCCAAAAAGAGAAAACGUUCCCGAUCACCUUCAGGUUCUACACCAAGACGCGCCGAAUCCAGAAGAUCCCCCUCACCUUCGAAUCCGUACAAGCGUCAAAGAUCCCCUUCACCCCAACCUCGCAAGCAGAAGCGUCCAGGCCAACGAGCCCGAAUCACAGAUGCAGAACGCGAGCUUAUCCGACAAAAGCAACUCGAACGAGAGAAAGAGCUAGAAGCUGUCGUUGCCGCGCAAGGAAUUCAUGAUGCUGUGCGACAACAUUACAAUGCUGUUCCAGAAAGAGGCCGGGAUUGGCGCAAGACAGACAGUCGUAUCAGAGGUCUUCGAAGCUUCAACAACUGGGUCAAGAGCACACUGAUUCAGAAGUUCUCACCUAGUGAAGACUAUACCCCUGGAGCGCAGGAGCGUGGGGGUAUGGUGUUUGCAGAAGGCCCAUCAACUACUAAAGGCCUGUUGGUGCUGGACAUUGGUUGUGGUAAGGGAGGAGACUUGCAGAAAUGGCAGUCAGCACCACAACCAGUAGAGUUGUAUGUUGGUUUGGACCCCGCCGAUGUCUCAAUCGACCAGGCGAAAGAACGAUAUCGACAAAUGGCGAGUCGUGGAGGGCGCGGCGGACGAGGCGGCCGCGGAGGUUACAGCAGACCACCUCCUCGACUAUUUCAAGGAGAAUUCUACGUGCAGGAUUGCUUUGGGGAUACAAUUGAAAAGGUCCCACUGGUUAGGGAUGUUGGUUUCGACGGGUCUGGUGGACCGUCAAGAUUUGGUGGGGGAGGAUUCGACGUCGUCAGUCAGAUGUUCUGCAUGCAUUACGCAUUUGAGAGCGAGGAAAAGGCACGUUGCAUGUUGAAGAAUGUUGCGGGUGCAUUGAAAAAGGGCGGCAGAUUCAUUGGCUGUAUACCAAAUUCAGAUGUUUUGAGCGAAAAGGUUCGAGAGUUCAACGAACGCAUGGCCGCGAAAAAGGCCAAAGCACAGGAAACAACUGGUGAAGAUGGGGCAAAAGCCGAUGACAAGAAGGAAGAGGGAGAAGCAGAGGAAGGGGAGGCCGAAGAAACAGCCGAGUGGGGCAACGAUGUCUACCGCGUUCGAUUCCCGGGCAAUACUCCGGCCGAUGGUGUCUUCCGUCCUCCUUUUGGCUGGAAGUACAGUUUCUUCCUCCACGAAGCUGUCGAGGAAGUCCCGGAAUACGUCGUUCCUUGGGAGGCAUUCCGUGCCAUUGCAGAAGACUACAAUCUCGAGAUGCAGUACCACAAGCCUUUUGAUGAGAUAUGGAAGACGGAGAAAGAUGACCCGGUCUUGGGCCCGCUGAGUGAGCGGAUGGGUGUCAGGGAAAGAGGUACUGGCCGAUUUCAAGUCACUGACGAGGAGAUGGAGGCCGCCAGCUUUUACGUGGGCUUCUGCUUUUACAAAGUCUAAAGACGUGAUGGCGGCUGGCAGGCCACUCGCUCUUUACAGUCUUUGGCUUUUGCGAACGGGGUGCAGACAUGGAAGGAUCUCAAUAAGCAUGCAUGGUUUAUGGCGAUUAUGGCAAGCGCCUCUGCGUCUAUGAAAAUUCGAGGAUGGAUGAACUGUUGAUUGGGAUUUCGAGAAAAGUCAUUGCAGACAGAGAUAGACCCGCUAUGUCCUAUCUCAUACAGUUAGCUCAACAUGGCAUAGGAUCUUAAAACCCAAGAUCAUCUUAAUCAACUUCAC